GAAACUCCGUUACACUAGUUAGUGUAAACCCCUAAAUCGGUCUUUUUCGCCUGGAAGGUUCAUACUGCAAACAUGCCUUUAGCUACAGAUCUAUUGCAUCCCUCAUUGGAGGACGAAAAGAAGAAAUCUAAAUUGAGAAGAUUGGUUCAAGCGCCAAAUAGUUACUUUAUGGAUGUUAAAUGCCCAGGCUGCUACAAAAUCACAACAGUGUUUAGUCAUGCACAAACAGUAGUUUUAUGUGUUGGAUGUUCAACUGUUUUGUGUCAACCAACUGGUGGUAAAGCCAGAUUAACAGAAGGAUGUUCAUUCCGAAGGAAACAGCACUAACUUCUGGUGUGAUUUGUGGUGACCUGUCCAGUUUUUAUUAUGGAAGUGACUGAACUAUGUAAAUUAUGUAUUACAUUAUAAUAAUCAUUAACAUCUUGAAGAUGUAUUUUGUGAUAACUCUUAAUUAAAAUUGGUUCAGGAUAUCCACAACCAAAUUAUU